UGCCCCAUUUUUGCCUUUCAAGAAAAGACUUAUCAUCUGUCACCGGAGUUAAUUUUUUUUCCCAAUACUUUGCAGUAGGAGGAUAUUUUAUUGUAUUAUGUCCUCCAACAAUAUGGCAGAUCCGAGGAGGCAAAAUAAAAUUUUAAGGUACAAGCCCCCAAGCACAGAGACUAACCCCACACUGGAAGACCCCACUCCUGACUACAUGAACCUACUCGGCAUGAUCUUCAGCAUGUGUGGACUGAUGCUUAAGCUGAAGUGGUGUGCCUGGAUCGCAGUCUACUGCUCUUUCAUCAGCUUUGCAAACUCCAGAAGCUCAGAGGACACCAAACAGAUGAUGAGCAGCUUUAUGCUGUCCAUCUCAGCAGUUGUGAUGUCCUACCUCCAGAACCCACAGCCAAUGUCACCGCCAUGGUAACCAAGGGCCCAUCACUGAUAAAGGCAGAAGUAAAGUGGAGGCUGGACUGGGUGACCGACUGAAGACAACCCCCCCACCCCCUGGCCAUCUAUGUGAAAUAACAGGGAUCUAUUAAAGACAAUGGAGUAGAAAUAGAGGAGAAAACGUAGAUGACCAAUGGAGAAGUGGACACUAAGAGAAACAGUGUUAAAGAUGAAAAGAUCAAUCGUCUUUGACAUUGUUCUCAGAUUUAUUUUGCUUUUGACCGUUUCUAAUUAUUAUUUUUUUGUGGGGGUGUUUAUAAAAAUGUCACAGUUUUACUGUUUAGCUGAUCUUUUGCAUAAUGCCCUGAUUAAAGUUGUAUGCUUGUAAAAGGAA